UACCUUUGACAGAACUGAAUAUGUUGCCAUCAGAGAAGCCAAGUCAAAGACUCAUACGGUCACUUGUGGAGUUCCUCAGGGGUCAGUUCUUGGUCCUACUCUUUUCACAUUUUACAUGCUGCCUCUCAGACAAGUCAUCAGCCACCAUGGAAUAUGUUUCCACUGUUAUGCUGAUGACACUCAGCUUUAUUUAAAAAUGGACCGUUAUCCAUCUGUUUCUUCCUCUACAUCCUCCUCAUCAUCACUGUCCUCACUCACAGCCUGUCUGGAGGACAUAAAGUCAUGGAUGAACAACAACUACCUUCAACUGAAUAGCUCCAAAACUGAGGCGAUGCUGAUUGGCACUCCUCGUCAGGUUCAGUCAUCCCCCAUCACAUCCAUAACCUUUUCUGGACAGGACAUCCCACUUUCCACUACAGUCACCAACAUUGGUGUCCAUUUUGACCCUCACCUUUCCUUUGACACCCACAUGAAACAUCUGUGCAAAACCUCUUUUUUUCAUCUAAAAACAUUGCCAGUCUCAUCCCAUUACUCUCUCAACUGGACGCUGAAAAACUUGUACAUGCCUUUAAAUCUUCAAGACUGGACUAUUGCAACUCCAUUCUCUUUGGUAUUUCAAAUAAAAAUCUUCAAAAACUCAAGUUCAUCCAAAAUAGUGCAGCACAUCUUCUGACAAAAACCAGAAAACAUGACCAUAUCACACCUGUUCUGCAUUCUCUUCACUGGCUUCCUGUCCCUGCCAGAAUCCAGUACCAGACUGGUCUUCUGACGCACCAGUGCAUACAUGGAAAUGCACUGAACUGCUCCYUCCACACAAUAAAACUCGUUCUCUCCGUUCUGGUAACUCCUGCUCUCUCCAAAUCCCCAGAACAAAGCUCAGCACCAUGGAGGACCGAGCUUUCUGCACUGUUGCUCCUCGUCUGUGGAAUUCACUCCCAGAUCAUUUAAGGGAACUACAAACUGCAGAAUCCUUCAAAAAAGGACUAAAACCCUACCUGUUUUUGUACCUUUUAUGGCCAUGUUUGAAUUUUAUUUUAUUUUAUUUAUUUUAUUUUUUUGUAGCUCUUAGAUCAUCAGAUUUCUCUUCUAACGUUUCCAUCUCUCCUCUCGUUUUGUUUCUGAAGUCCUCACAAACUGUCCAGGGAAAACCCAGGUCUUUGAAUGUUCUCCAGUCGGCUCCAGCUGCAUCUCUGUCCCUUAAACAACAUUUUUCUCUUUACCAUGGGAACCACCGAAGAAACAAAAUGGAUGAGAAUAAAAAGACUCUGACUGUUGUCAUAGAAAGAUAAACAUUAACAGAUUUUUAUUUGUCAUAUUUGGACAAACCCACUCAGGAUCAGAGCUCUGACCUUUACUUCUUAAACAUCAGUUUGUUUUUAGACAGGAAACUAAAGAUGCUCAUCUCCUCCCAACAGAUCACAGGACCCACCCCCUUUCACCAGAAAUACAAGCUUUAGAUGCUUCAGCUACAUGCUAAUGCUUUCAGCUGUGUGUUUCUGCAGCAACAUGAGUUCAGAUGACGACACUCGCUGGCUGGAGUGGGUCACCAAACAGUUUGAGAGCAUCGCAGGAGAGGACAAAGAGAUCGACCUCCACGAGUUUAAAACCGCCCUGAAGGUCAAAGAGUCCUUCUUCGCAGAGCGUUUCUUCGCUCUGUUCGACUCGGACCAGAGCGGAUCCAUCUCUCUGGACGAGCUGCUCAAAGCUCUGAACCUCCUGAUCCAUGGAACUGAGACCGACAAGCUCCGCUUCCUGUUCCAGGUCUACGAUGUGGACGGCAGCGGUUCCAUCGACCCAGACGAGCUGAAAACGGUUCUGAAGUCGUGUCUGCAGGAGAGCGCCAUCUCUCUGCCGGAGGAGAAACUGGAGGCCCUGACCCUGGUUCUGUUCGAGUCCGCUGACCAGGACAACAGCGGGUCCAUCACCUUCGAGGAGCUCAAGGCCGAGCUGGAGAACUUCCCAGAGGUGAUGGAGAACCUGACCAUCAGCGCUGCCAACUGGCUGAAGCCUCCUGAUGUGGACCAGAAGAAGCCUCAGACCCAUCGGUACCUGACCCGGGCCUACUGGCAGAACAACAGCAGGAAGCUGCUCUUCCUGUGUGUGUACGCCCUCCUCAACCUGGCGCUGUUCGUCUGCGCCGCUCUGUACCACCGCUACGGCGGCGGCUGGUUCAUGCUGGCCAAGGGCUGCGGCCAGUGUCUCAACUUCAACUGCACCUUCGUCAUGGUGCUGAUGCUGCGCCGCUGUUUAACCUGGAUCAGAGCCACCUGGGUGGUCCGGGUCCUGCCUCUGGACCAGAACAUCCUGCUGCAUCAGAUCGUGGGUUACGCCAUCCUCUUCUUCACUGUGGUGCACACCGCUGCGCACGUGGUCAACUUUGCUCGGAUGUCGGCGAGCGGUGACUUCAGUCUGUGGGAGUACCUGUUCACCACCAGGCCGGGUGUCGGCUGGGUGAAGGGGACGGCCUCUCUCACCGGAGUCGUCCUCCAGCUGCUCAUCUUCCUCAUGGUGAUCUGCUCCAGCACCUUCGUACGACGCAGCGGACACUUCGAGGUGUUCUACUGGACUCACCUGUCCUACAUCUGGGUCUGGAUCAUCCUCAUCAUCCACUGUGCAAACUUCUGGAAGUGGUUUGUGGUUCCAGGGUUGGUUUUCCUGCUGGAGAAGAUCGUAGGAAUCGCCGUGUCUCGGAUGGGAGGUCUUUACAUCGUGGAGGUCAACCUGCUGCCGUCCAAGGUGACUCAUCUGGUCAUCCGCCGCCCUCAGUUCUUCCAUUUCAAACCUGGAGAUUACAUCUACAUCAACAUCCCCAAGAUCGCCAAAUACGAGUGGCACCCCUUCACCAUCAGCAGCGCUCCGGAGCAGUCAGACACCAUGUGGCUUCACGUGCGCUCCAUGGGUCAGUGGACCAACCGGCUCUACGAGUACUUCAAACAACCCGAGAGCCAGGAGCUUCAUCCCAAGAGACUGACCACCAGCCUGAGGCAGCACCGGCAGCAGGAGAAGGACAACAUGUUCAACUCCUCUGACUCCAGCAGAGGCGUGGCGUCCAACGAGGACGACUCCAUUGAGCUGACCUCGUUCCGUCAGAACGGACCAGAGUCCGGAGCAGGACCAGCCUCAGAGUCAGGUUCUCAGGGGUCCCUGAAACCCACUCCAGAUGAGCCGGGGCCGGCAGAAAGAGGAGAGGCCCUCCAACUGCGAGAGAUUCCUGCCAAGUUUGGUGAGAACCACAGGUUCUGCAACAUCAAGUGUUACGUAGACGGACCGUACGGCACCCCGACCCGGCAGAUCUUCGCCUCUGAACACGCCGUCCUGAUUGGAGCGGGAAUCGGCAUCACGCCCUUCGCCUCCAUCCUGCAGAGCAUCAUGUACCGGUACCGGAUGAGGAAGCACCACUGUCCCAGCCACUCGUGGUGUGAAAACAUUAAAGACGACGACAUGAAGCUGCGUAAAGUGGACUUCAUCUGGAUCAACCGGGACCAGAAGGCCUUCGAGUGGUUCGUCAGUCUGCUGACCAAACUGGAGCUGGAGCAGGCUGACGAGGAGCCAGAAGGUCGCUUCCUGGAGAUGCACAUGUACAUGACGUCGGCGCUCAGUAAGAACGACAUGAAGGCCAUCGGUCUGCAGAUGGCGCUCGACCUUCUGGCCAAGAAGGAGAAGAAGGACUCCAUCACGGGCCUGAAGACCAGAACCCAGCCGGGCCGACCCCGCUGGGAGAAGGUGUUUCAGAAACUAUCUGAGGAGAAUAAAGGGAAGGUUCAUGUGUUUUACUGCGGCGCUCCGUCUCUGGCCAAAGCCAUCAAGGCUCAGUGUGAAAACUUUGGCUUCAAAUUCUACAAAGAGAACUUCUGAGGACGUCGCCUGCUGCUUCACCUGUUUUUAUAUUGUUAUGAGGACCAUCAUCUGACAGAUCGCCGAGGACUAAGGACUGGGCCGUGGUUCUCCUGAGUCCAAAAUGUGUUUCUGUGGGUUUAAUAUUAGCUUUAUUUAUAAUUAAAGUACUAGCUGUUCUAAAGGAGCCCUGUGAGAUUCUGACUUUAGUGUUGUCAGUGAAUCAUCACCACUUCUGAGAAGACACAAAUGUUGUAACUAAUGUUUAAAUUAUUUCAAGAGAAAGUUGUCAGGAUCAUAAACCAGUCAGUUCUGUUAGUUUCAGCUCCUUUGUGUUUUCUGCCAGCGUGAAUUCUGUAAAUAAAAACAAAUCAUCUUCAUCAUUCAGCCUCCAGGUCUGUCACAGAUCAGUCCUGCAGGAGGGAGUCCUGCCCUGAAGCUUUCUGUCCAGUUUCCAGCAGAAAUCACUGUCUUUGCUCUGGUUCUGUCAGAGAAAUCACUAACCUUACUGACCCAGAAUGCACUGAAAAAAGACUGUAUGUAGAUUGUUUUUGUAACGUUAUUUCUGGUUUUGGUCUAAGUUAACUUUCAGACAUUUUCACACACGUUUUAAAAAGCACAGCUCUUAUUUACAGGAAAAAAGACAUAUUAAAGAAAAUUGUUUAAAAUUUGGAAACAUUUUGUGAAAAUGUUUUUAACAUACAAUCCAGUUAUGUAUUUUCUGAUUGUAAUAAUAAAUAUUACACUAAAAGCA